AAUAGAACAUAUUGAUCAAAAAUUCAAAAAUAAUGCUAAUCUAUCAACAAAAACACGUGUUAUUCUAAUUUCAGUCCCAAAUCUACAAUAUUUCUCUAUAAAAAUGAUAACUUUUCUAAAAUAACAGUUUUUAGAAAAUUUAUUUAAAAAAUACCACCUAUUGAUCAAAAAUUCUAAAAGAAUGCCCAUCAACUAGAUAAAUAUUGUUGAUUUGAAAUUGUGAUUCAGAAAUUGGGAUAACAAUAUAUAUUUUUUUGAUAGAUGGGCAUUCUUUUAGAAUUUUUGAUCAAUAGGUUUUGUUAUUAAAUAAAUUUUCUAAAAAAUGCUACUUUAUGAAAGUCAUCAUUUUUUGUAGAGAAAUAAAGUAGACUUGGGAUUGUGAUUGAAAAAUUAGGGUAACAAGAGUUUUUGUUGAUAGAUGAGCAUUAUUUUAGAAUUUUUUAUCACUAGAUACUAUUUUUAAAUAAAUUUCUAAAAAAUGCUAUUUUGGGAAAGUCAUCAUUUUUGUAGAGAAAUAUUGUAGAUUUUGGGAUGUGAUUGAGAAAUUAGGAUUACAAGAAUUUUUGUGAUAGAUGGACUUUCUUUUAGAUUAUUAUAUCAAUAGGCAUUUUUUUAAAUAAAUGUUUUAAAAACUGCUAUUUUGGGAAAGUUAUCAUUUUGUAGGGAAAUAUUGUAGAUUUGUGAUUGUAAUUUAGAAAUUAGGAUAGCAAGAGUUUUUUUUUUGAUAUAUGGGCAUUUUCUAAGAAUUUUUGAUCAUUAGGUUAUAUUUUUUAAUUAAAUUUUCAAAAAGCUGCUAUUUUAGGAAAUGUAUCAUUUUUGUAGAGAAAUAUUGUAGAUUUGAAAUUGUGAUUCAUAAAUUGAGAUAAUAAGAACUGUUGAUAUAUGGGAAUUUGUUUUGAAUUUUUUAUGAGUAGGUUCUAUUUUUAAAUAUUUUUCCUAAAAACUGCUAUUUUAAGAAAGUUAUCAUUUUGUAGAGAAAUAUUGUUGAUUUGAAAUUUUGAUUCAGAAAUUGGGAUAACUAUAAUUUUUCUUUGAUAGAUGGGCAUUCUUUUAGUAUUUUUGAUCAAUAGGUUAUAUUUUUAAAUAAAUUUUCUAAAAACUGCUAUUGUAGAUUUAAGAUUGUGAUUAAAAUUUUUGAAUUACAAUAGUUUUUGUUGAUAGAUGGGUAUUGUUUUAGAUUAUUUGAUCAAUAUAUUUUAUUUUUUAAUUAAUUUUUAAAAAACUGCUAUUUAGGAAAAGUCAUCAUUUUUGUAGAGAUAUAUUGUAGAUUUGAGAUUGUGAUUGAGAAAUUAGGAUAACAAAACAUUUUGUUGAUAGAUGGGCUUUCUUUUAGAUUAUUAUAUCAAUACGAAUUAUUUUUAAAUAAAUUUUCUAAAAACUGAUAUUUUUGGAAAGUUAUCAUUUUUGCAGAGAAAUAUUGUAGAUUUGAGAUUGUAAUUUAUAAAUUAGGAUAACAAGAGUUUUGUUGAUAUAUCGACAUUUUUAAGAAUUUUUAUCAUAAGGUUAUAUCUUAUAAUUAAAAUUUUCAAAAAGCUAUUAUUUUAGGAAAGUUAUCAUUUUUAUAAAGAAAUAUUGUAGAUUUGAAAUUGUGAUUCAUAAAUUGGGAUAAUAAGAGUUUUUGUUGAUAUAUGAGAUUUUUUUUUAAUUUUUGAUCAAAUGGUUCUAUUUUUAAAUAAUUUUUUUGUAAACUGUUAUUUUAGGAAAGUUAUCAUUUUGUUGAUAAAUAUUGUUGAUUUGAAAUUGUGAUUCAGAAAUUGGGAUAACUUUAAUUUUUCUUUGAUAGAUGGGCAUUUUUUUAGAAUUUUUUAUCAAUAGUUCUAUUUUUAAAUAAAUUUUCUAAAAACUGAUACUUUAUGAAGGUCAUCAUUUUUGUAGAAAAAUAAAGUAGAUUUGGGAUUGUGAUUGAAAAAGUAGGAUAACAAUAGUUUCUGUUGAUAGAUGGCCAUUAUUUUAGAUUAUUAUAUCAAUAUUCAUUAUUUUUAAAUAAAUUUACUAAAAACUGCUAUUUAGGGAAAAUCAUCAUUUUUGUAAAGAUAUAUUGUAGAUUUGGGGUUGUGAUUGAGAAAUUAGGAUAACAAGAAUUUUUUUUCGAUAGAUGGACUUUCUUUUAGAUUUUUAUAUCAAAACACAUUAUUUUUUAAAAAAAAAAUCUAAAAACUGCUAUUUUUGGAAAGUUAUCAUUUUUGCAAGGAAAUAUUGUACAUUUGAAAUUGUAAUUUAGAAAUUAGGAUAGCAAGAGUUUUGUUGAUAUAUGAGCAUUUUCUAAGAAUUUUGAUCAUUAGGUUAUAUUUUUUAAUUAAAUUUUCAAAAAGCUGCUUUUUUUGGAAAGUUAUCAUUUUUGUAGAGAAAUAUUGUAGAUUUGAAAUUGUGAUUCAUAAUUGAGAUAAUAAGAGUUUUUCUUGAUAUAUGGGAUUUUGUUUUGAAUUUUUGAUCAAAUAGUUCUGUUUUUAAAUAAAUUUCCUAAAAACUGCUAUUUUAGGAAAGUUAUCAUUUCGUAGAAAAAUAUUGUAGAUUUGAAAUUGUGAUUCAGAAAUUGGGAUAACAAUAAUUUUUCUUUGAUAGAUGGGCAUUAUUUUAGAAUUUUUGAUCAAUAGGUUCUAUUUUUAAAUAAAUUUUUUAAAAUUUGCUAUUUUAUGAAAGUUAUCAUUUUUGUAGAGAAAUAUUGUAGAUUUGAAAUUGUGAUUGAAAAAUUAGGAUUACAGUAGUUUUUGUUGAUAGAUGGGUAUUCUUUUAGAUUAUUAUAUCAAUAGUCAUUAUUUUUAAAUAAAUUUUAUAAAAACUGCUAUUUAGGGAAAUUCAUCAUUUUUGUAGAGAUAUAUUGUAGAUUUGGGAUUGUGAUUGAGAAAUUAGGAUAACGAGAAUUUUUUUUGAUAUAAGGAAUUUUUAGAUUGUUAUAUCAAUAGACAUUAUUUUUAAAAAAAAUUUCUAAAAACUGUUAUUUUGAGAAAGUUGUCGUUUUUGCAAGGAAAUAUUGUAGAUUUGAGAUUGUAAUUUAGAAAUUAGGAUAGCGAGAGUUUUUGUUGAUAUAUGGGCAUUUUUUUAAGAAUUUUUGAUCAUUAGGUUAUAUUUUUUAAUUAAAAUUUCAAAAAACUGCUAUUUUAGGAAAGUUAUCAUUUUUGUUGAAAAAUAUUGUAGAUUUGAAAUUGUGAUUCAUAAAUUGAGAUAAUAAGUGUUUUUGUUGAUAUAUGGGAUUUUGUUUUGAAUUUUUGAUCAAAUGGUUUUAUUUUUAAAUAAAUUUCCUAAAACUACUAUUUUAGGAAAGUUAUCAUUUUGUAGAGAAAUAUUGUUGAUUAGAAAUUGUGAUUCAGAAAAUGGGAUAGCAGUAACUUACAAGAAAAUGCAAUAAGUAAUGUGCGAACAGUUUUUAAAUAUAUUUAAUAAGCCAAAGUUAUUACUAAAUCAUUGAUUUGCUUAUAUAGCUGGGUAUAUAUGUGUAAAUCCUUGAUUUGCUCAUAUAGUAUUUAUUAGGGGUGGAUUCGAAUAUCCAUUCAGAUUCAGAUCUAUUUGGAUAUUUAACUAAUUUUUGGUAUUAUUUUUUUGAAUUGGGUUCGGUUUGGUUUUUCGUAUUCGGGUUUUUUUGCUCAGUUUUACUAUUUAUAUCUAGUUUUGUCAUCAUAUAAGCAGUACUGAGUGGAAACUUUAUUAAUUGGAUACUGUAGAUAAAUAGAUAAAGAGAGAAGUGUAAAUAUAUGCUCGAAGGGAACCGAAAAAAGAAGAGAGGAAGAAGGUGGCAGGGAGACAGCCAGACAGGUGAGCAGAGGAGCUUCUAUAUUCCUCCGAAUAAUUAAUUAAAUUUUGAGACAAUCUUCUUUGCCUAAUCCCAACCCUUGACUCAUUUAUUUAAUCACUCCCACUUAACUUGUUAGUUGGGACUAGGUAGUAAAGUAUGCACAACACACCCAUAAGUACAUUUAAUAUACAACAUAUCCUUGUAUAUUUAAUAAGCACAACAUACAAAUAUGUAAAUUUAAUAUAUAACGUAGGUGUAUAUUCAAUAAUCAAUGAAUGGUCUCAUGAAAUUUUGAAAUAUUUUUAUAUGGAUUUCUCAACUAUAUGAAAGAUUUAAAUAUUAAUUUAUUUUUAACUAUAGAUAUCCAUGACAUGGAGCGAUGCUAUGUAACGUCGUGUAAGGUCAUGAUUAACUCCGGUCUCUUAACUGGGAUUCUUAGUUUCGGAUAAGAGAUGGUUUUUUUAGCUUUUAACUAAAAAAAAGCUAAAAACCGUUUGUACAUAAACACGCAUAAUAAAUUUCGUACACACGCAUAGACAUAGUUUCAUUCUUGAUUCUUUCAGUACAUAAACAUUCUUUUGUUAAAAAAAAAAAUUAAGAACCAUCUUUUAAGUAAGAGAUAUUUCAUAGCCGAAAAAUAUAAAAAAAAAUGUCAAAUCAUGAGUUAAGAACUCCAUAUAAAAGACCGUGGUCAAUCAUGCUCUAACUUUUUUUAAUACCUUUUUUAUAGCGCAAAGUGCUCGACAUUAAUUGGCGUAUGUAGCUCGUGGUUAUCUAAGAUGGCUUGACUCUCUCUUAGUAUCUGAGAACGAUUCUUCCUCUUCUUAGAUACUUUUGGUUUUUAGUAUACGAUCGGGAUAGGUCUGUAUCCCUUGACUAUUGUUAUGGGUGUGUCUUAUUGUCCACUGAUGUCUUUGUUGUAAGUUUUUCUUCCUGUGGUUGAAGGAUCUGAUGUAACCCCAACUCUUUAUUCAAUACAAAUUUCAGAUAAACAAAAAAUAACAGGUGAAAACAUAUAUAAUCCACGGUCAAAUUUGGCUUUAACUGAGGAAAAAGUUACGUAGUAGUCUAACUAGUAGGUAUAAGAUUGAAAAGCUUCAAUUUGUUUUUAUACAGACAAAAUAAUAAAAAUGUUAUUUUGUUGUGAAUAUUUUAAACGUUGAUGAAUGGAAUUCUCGUAUUUGAGUUAGCAACUUUUAACUGAUUUUUUAUUUAUGAAAUAUUCAACAAGAGAAUAAAGCUAUGUAUACAAUGGACCGUGAUUUCCGUGAACACCCAACUACAGCUCUAUAUAUAUGUCUAUAUAAACAUGCAUCACGAAAUCCCACACUUCCCUCAGUAGUAACAAUCUCUUUCUCUCUCUCUCUUUAUAAGUAGAGUCUUUAUCACACAAACAAACAGAAUAAAUCAGAGAAUCAAAGGAUAAGAACGAGGACAAGAUCAGAGAAAGGAGAGAAUCAUCAGGAAUACAAGAAAGGAUUAUGGACAGUUGAAGAAGACAACGUUCUUAUGGACUAUGUCCAAACUCACGGCAAAGGCCAUUGGAAUCGCAUUGUCAGGAAAACUGGGCUGAAGAGGUGUGGAAAAAGCUGUAGACUGAGAUGGAUAAAUUAUUUGAGCCCUAGUGUGAAUAAAGGCAAUUUCACUGAACAAGAAGAAGACCUCAUUAUUCGUCUCCACAAGCUCCUCGGCAACAGAUGGUCUUUAAUAGCUAAAAGAGUACCUGGACGAACAGAUAACCAAGUCAAGAAUCACUGGAACACCCAUCUCAGUAAGAAGUUCGUCGGAGAUUAUUCCUCCGGUGUCAAAACCACCGGAGAAAACAAAGCGUCACUGCUACUUGCCACAGCUUCUUCUCGUCAACACCAACAAGACAAAAUAUGCGACAAGAGCUUCGACGGCCUCGUACCAGCUUCGUACGAGAAUAAACCAAACGCGGAUUUGACACAUAGGAACGUUGUAGUGGGAAAUACUAAUGAUCCAAGUCUGUACUUAAAAGAAAGAAACAUCUUUGAUAGCAGUAACGCUUUCUGGUUUAAUGAAGACGAGUUCGAGCUCAUGAGUUCAUUGGCUAUGAUGGAUUUUGCUUCGGGUGAUAUUGGCUACUAGGCUACUAGCUAGUUUGUACUUGUUAAGUGUGUUUAACUGUAUUAAUUCUGCUUCACUAUGGAUAUUGAUUUAAUUAAUAGAAAUACGAUCGACGAGUGUUUCUCUAUAUUUUCCUCAUAAUAAAAAAAAUGUAGUAUAAGUACGUUUUUAAUUAAUAAAAACAGUGCAAUGAACUGAACUUUUGUUUCUCCACUUCUCUUCUUCAUAUGCCUUGCUUAAGCACUGAACCUGUCACGUUGCUCUUACAGUGCUUUCACAAGAGUUGUAGAUAUUUUUUUAUCAGGAAAAAAAUUAGUUUUUGGUAUGAGUGUAGUAAUUUUAAAUAUGACAUGUUACGUUUAUUAUGUACGG